AUGACAAGUAUUGAAGCGGAUAAUUUGAUUCAUGAUUUGGCUAUGGAACUGGGAUGUAAGGUUGAUCCUUUGCCGAUUACUUACUUGGGACUGCCAAUUGGAGCUAGUAAGAGGAGUGCAGAUAUAUGGGAUGUGGUGAGGAAUGGAACAAGUAUUCGCCUUUGGCUAGAUUGUUGGCUGGAAAGAAGGUCUAUGAGAGAGAAAUAUCCGAGACUUUAUAAGCUCAGCAGAUUUAAAUCAGUGACUGUUGUAGAUAUGAAGGCUAAAGAUUGGAAGUUUGAUUUCUCAAGAGUUCUUAACCCGGCAGAGAGUAUUGAUUUGUUAGAGAUUAAGUUUGAUCUGAGAAACGUGCAAUUGGCGCAGGAAGAGGACGAAAUAGUGGGGGAGUGGACUGCCAAAGGUAUAUAUACGCAGAUUACCAAUGUCGAUGCAGACUGGGAGUUUUACAGGGUUGUACGGAGUAAGUAUGUUCCUCCAAAAGUUAUGUUCAUCAUCUGGGAUUCUAUGCACGAUUCGGUUCCAACGAGAAGUAUGUUGCAGGAGAGGAGGGUGGUGAUUAGUUCUAAUUUAUGUCUUUUUUGUAAUAUUGAAGUGGAGACGCAAGAUCAUCUCUUCAUUGAUUGCAGUUGGGUUAAGUACUUCUGGGAUUUUUUCAUUACUUCGUUGAGAGUUCAACUGGCCAGGCCAAGAGAUUUUAAGAGCAUGAUGAUGAGCUGGAAAGUUGAAAGGGUUUCUCCUAGGAUCAAGUUAGUCUAG